GAUAGACCGAUAGACAGAUGAUUACUUCCAGUCUGCCUGUCACAGGUAGGAACUGGUUCAUCUUUUUUUCUCCCUUGUUUGACGGGUCUGGUUUGGUCUGGUCUGGUCUGGUCUGGUCAGAUCUAAUCACACAUUCAAUGUCGGGGCACCAAUAUGUUUUGUGCGCCAAUACAAGCAGAUGGGAUGGUGAUUCAGACUUCGAAAGAUACAACUCUAUAUAAGCAUAUUCGCCCAAUCUCUCUCAUCACGAGCUGGGUGCCCAGUCCGCAGGGAUUCCAAGCAUUUACAACAAUAAACACAACAUUGGGCUUUGUUGUGGGGAUUAGAAUUUCCGAGGGACCAUUUUCCCACAUCCAUCAGCAUUAUUCACCUCGCUACUAACAUUCACCCAUCCACUCACAUUCGAGAAACACCUUUUUAUACAUACGAAGUCCUCUUCUCACCCCAUCCACAUUCAUGUCUUUGAAGUGAAAAGGAAUUGCCAAUGACCAAUUAAAGCGGCCUGUCUACCUACAGACCUUGAAUUCUUCCACAUCCCCACUUCGAGCAAGAUUUAGACGAAGGGAAGAUAUUCUACCCGUCUUCUAUUCCCUUCAACCCUGCCUUGACCUUCCACCCCACCAUCGCGAUCUGAAGCAAGUAAACCCACUCACUGAACAACUUUACAACAAAAAAAUUGCUACACACCAUUUCUUGAUCUGUUGAGCGACAACUUUUGUCGUUCGCACAAUAAGACUAAUACUCACCAUGUCCUCCUCUACUUCGACUCCUACUCCGGUACCAGCGCCAAAGACAGUACCAGUCACACCUAAACCCGAACCCAUCAAAGAAAAAUCGCCAGUUCCUGUUGUUCCACCACCCAAAGAAGAAGUCGAGGAACAAGAUGAUGAAAGGAGUGAUGAUGGGUCCGUUGGUCUACCAGAUCUCGGAGAGAAUAUCGAUUCGGCCACAUUCGAACAAAUUCUAGAGAUGGACGAUGACGAAGAUGAGCGGGAGUUCAGUCGUUCUAUCGUUUUUGGAUUCUUUGAGCAGGCCGAGCAGACCUUUGUCAAAAUGGAUGAUGCACUUGAGGAGAAAGAUCUAGCAACGCUUUCUUCGCUCGGGCAUUUCUUGAAGGGCUCGUCGGCAACAUUGGGAUUGACAAAGGUCAAGGACAGUUGUGAAAAGAUUCAACACUAUGGACAGCAGAAAGAUGAAGCUGGCACAACAGAUGAACCCGACAAGGAGAAAUGUUUGGCGAGAAUCAAGGAAACGUUGGUUUCGGUGAAGGAGGAGUACGAAGAGGUUGAGAAGGUCCUGAAGAAGUUUUAUGCCACUUGAAGGACGGCCGUACACACACAUACCCCCUCAAAAAACCCCCGAUGAUGGAAGAUCGUUCUCGUGCUUGAGGAUAUCUGAUGUGGCAGAAGCAACCAAAAGUAUUGCCUAUCGGGGCUCUUGUGACGACAUUGAAGUUCACGCACGAGCAGUAUACUUCUCUUACAAAACAAAGCUCCCCAUAGCUCAGGCGUCUCGGAUUGCAUUCACAUACUUUAUGUUGUCUGGAAAUGGCAUACAUGGUUUUCUUAUGGUGGUUUCCUCGUUUUCUUUUUAUUGGUUCACAUGAGGGAAAUGUUUUUAUUUGUUUAUGUUAGCUUCUCCUUUCCCCCUUAAGAUUAUCUAUGGAUGACGGAGGUCGAGGAGGAAUUUAGUUAGAUGAGGUGACGAGGUGAUGGUUUACCAGAUUUAAUCUCAUGGUUACUCAGCACAUGAAGUCACGACAGAUGCAUCAAAUCAGAAGGUUCAAUUCUUCCGAGACCCUGUCAAUUAUUUUACGAUGGUGUACAUUGCAUAUCAAAAGUGAUUUGGAGAUGCGGAUAUAAGAUAAGAUGUAGAAAGAGAGAGGUCACCCGUUUCUUCAGUCAGAUACCUUUUUCAAAGACAAUACUACGUGGUAUUUA